CUCAAAUAUUUGACUCACAGAACAUGAAUUUGGCAUCAUAUCAAACCCGAAUACCAAUUAUCAUCGAUCAAUAGACUAAAUAGUGAGGGUAAUGGUGUGGCUGGCUGGCUGGCUGCGUAUGCUAGCAAUUUUUCUUGGCUUAUCCAAUUGUUUGAUGAUCUUCCGUUUGGUUGUUUGUACCGCCUGCUGAGUGACCAAAUGGGAGUUCACUAGCCUAAGCUUGUGCCUAGUGUGUUUUAGUUUUGCUGUUUUAUCUUUUACUUUCCUUUUGUUUCCAAAAAAAAAAAAAAAAGACUAAACAGUAAUUUAUUAUUAUAAGUGGGCUGCACAGUAUAGGCCUCAAAUUUGCUUACUACAUAUCUUCUCCAAGUUGGCCUUCUCUAUAUAAAGGUCCUCAUCUUUUGCAAAUCUGAGUUAGGAUUUAAAAGAGUGAGUGAGUGAGAGAGGACACUCCUUGAGCUCCACAGAUUACAACAACACUCUUGUUAAACCAUCUCCCUAUAGUCUUUCCAAACACCAACCACAUGGCUUCACAACUUGUUAGUGAUGUAAGAUGCCAGAGACCAAUGCACUGUGCAACUUCUUAUGGAGAAAGAGGGAGCGGUGGUUUCUUACUGUCUCGAAGCCAAAGCUAUGGAUAUCAUCGAAUAAGGAAUCAGAGUCGCAUCCAACCUGAAGACAACUUCAAAGAACACAAUAUAGGACGUGAAAAUGGUGCAAAGCGUAGCAUAAAUCUAAGUCGACAACAAGCACAAAAGCUUCACAAGUUGGGCUUCUCGUACCUUGCAUCAUCUUUUGUUUACUUAGUAACAAAGGUUAAAGCCUUCUACAAUGGUUUUCUUGGAGAUGUUGCAAGUGAAUCAAGAAUGGGCGUUGAAGCACCAAUGGCUGGGCCAUAUUUCUCUGUUCCAGUUCUUCCAAAUUAACAAAAUAAACUCCUCCUUUCUUGGGGCAACAUGUAUUAAUUAAUGUCUAGUUCAAAAGAAUAUAUAUAUAUAUAUAAGGCAAGGAUAUGAAUGUUUGUAAGUCUAGAAGUUGUACUU